UGUCACUCAAUUCCGUCAUACAUUUUUUCAAGCACUUCUAUAUACAUAAUAUCAAAAUCAACCGUUAAAACGAAAUAACAAAAAAAUAAAAAUAAAAAAAUAACAAAACAAUAUAAAUGGGAAACUCUGGAACCAAACAAGAACCAAAACAAAGUGGCCAAGAUCCACUUAGAGAUUAUGAUUUGGAACUAACUUUGCCAUCACAUAUAUCUAAACCAAUGUCGAAUAUGUUACUCGCCUAUUCGUAUGGAUAUUUUUAUCCGUGCCUGAUUCUAGGAAGUGCCCAACGGAUUCCGAAUGGAUAUCUCGUGUUCUUUCUCCAUAGCCAAGUGAAAGACGAAAUUCCCUCAAAUAACGUAAUAGGAAACUUUAUGGCUCUUCGUAACUGUAAUGUGAGUUUUACUUCUGACGGCAAAAAAUUCCGUGGAAAUGUUUACGAUUUCGGCACGAAUGAGAACAAGGAAGUGACAAACUUUUUUAUAUCUGCUCAUGGACAAUUUACUUGGGUUUCUUUCCCACAACUUUUUCUAACUCUUGCGCAAGCUAAACAACUUUGUCCUUAGUUAUUAAGAGAAAUCGUACCGUAAUAAAUAUUUUUCCCUUCC